GCCAGUUACAAAACAAUAUCCACUUGUAUGGUGGAUGACCUAAACAAUCGGGAUAAUUUAAGAUUGCUUAGGUUUUCUUCUCAAUCGAUGGUUGGGAGUGAAAACGUGUCGUUAGUGAAGUGAUUACUUGAUGGUUUCCAUUAAUUAGUUAUUAAUUUUUUUUUUAAAUUUCGGUGCUCGUAUUUACUGCAUAAGAUUGUCAUAAGGAUAUCAGGCUGAACUGCGCGCUCGCAUUUAGUGCCAUUGAUAUGUCACAUCAGAGCGGAAUGAAUCAGGAUCAAGAAAGGACUUUCUACGUGCCGAAUGAGGCCCAUGUGCAGAUAAACCUUGGCAUAGAAAGUGCUCGAACUCUGACUCAAGAUAUUUUCAAAAAAAUUGAAAUUUCAGACUUGGAACGGGAAUCUUGCUCGAUGAAUUUUCAUGAAUAUAAGCAAAUUUUAGACCCGAUGUCGAAAUAUCGAACGCAGAAUUAUAUCGAUGAACAAUAUAAGAGAAAUUUAGAAACAGCGCUUGCACAAAACAAAUUGAAAUUACAAAAGUACCAAAGUUCUAUCAUGGAUAGCUUGAAAAACGCCUACCUACAGGUUUACAAUUUAACCAACUAUGUACUAUUCACAGAACUGCCAACUUGGAAAAGAACCCAGCAAUUGCACGGAAUUGGGUACCAUUUCAAUCCAGGAUAUUUGAAUAUCAUACAAUCUUGGUAUGCAAGUUUAGCCGAAUUGUCUUUGGCUAAUCAGAAUUGCUGCAAAAAGAUGAAGAAUUUGGUCGACUCGAUCGCCCACUGUAUCGACGAAACGACAAUCACUACACCUCUCACCGAACUGGAUGGCAACUUUGACGAAUUAUUAAAUUCUCUAGUCAUAAACGCAUUCGUGAUAGAAAAACAACCUCCUCAGGUCAUGAAAAAAGGCAACCAAUUUUCAGUCAAGUUCCGCUCAUUGCUUGGUGGGAAGCUGAAUUUGAUUAUGGAUUUUCCCAAGGUCACAAUUCACAUCAUCAGCGAACUCCAAGCCAAGAAACUGUUCAAUGAAAAAAAUUUAGAUCGCAUCAUCAGAAGACAAAACGCCAACCACGAAGUUUCCUGUAGUGGGGAAAUUUUGAAUAAUUCUGGGACAAUGGAAUAUGAUCAAGCCACAGGACAAUUGUCCAUCACGUUUCAAAAUAUUUUUUUGAAAAACAUCACCCGGUCGGAUAAGAGAGGAGUCGCGGACGAAAAAUUCUCACUCUUAUUUGUCACCAAAUUCACGCUGAGAGACAAAAUCGAUGCCCAAAUGUAUACUCUGUCGUCACCCAUAUCCGUGACUGUUCACGGCAAUCAAGAUCCUGAUGCUUGGGCCACCAUUUUUUGGGAUUCUGCUUUCGCAGAACCUGCUCGUAUACCUUUUUUUGUACGUGAUAAGGUGAGUUGGAGUGAAGCAGCCACUGCCCUGAGUAUGAAAUUCGCAUCGGUGACCGAUAAACCUUUAUCCGCCGAUCAUCUUACGUAUCUAGCUGAAAAAUUAUUCGGGGUUCGAAGUGAUUACGAUUCGAUGACACUAUCUUGGUCUCAAUUCUGUAAAGAAGGUCAAAACGUCAAGUUCUGGCAGUGGUUUUUUUCCAUAAUGAAACUGAUCGAAAAACACUUGAAAACACUAUGGAACGAAGAAAAUACUAAGAUUCAUGGAUUUUUAAAAAGAAGCAAAGCAGAAGAAAUGCUUUGGGAGUGCCCCAAUGGGACAUUCCUCCUUCGUUUUAGCGACUCUGAAUUGGGCGGUAUUUGUAUCGCUUGGGUCGGAAUAGUUGAAGGACGGAGACAAGUCACAAUGGUGCGUCCCUUAACCUGCAGAGACCUGACUAUCCGUGCGUUGCCUGAUGUAUUGGACGAUUUAUCUUACUUGCGCUAUUUGUACCCACAAGUACCGAAAGAGGAAGCAUUUGGCAAAUAUUAUGCGCCAAUUGUUUCACCGAGUGUUUCCCCGAAUGGCUACGUAAAACCUGGAUUGAAAGCUUGUGUUCCCGGUUUAGACGGUUGUUCGUCAACUAUUGAAUCACCUAGAGCACAAAGUGCUCCUCAAACACCGAUACCGAUGUUCGAUCAGAACUAUUCUGGUGGCGUCGCAUCCCCUUAUGGUGCGAAUGCAGUUGCAGAUCCACAACCUAGUGUCGGCUACAUGAAUACCUUUGAUAAUUGCACUGUUACGGAAAACACUAUGGAUGUCUCGAAUUUCCAGUAUGUGCCGGAUUUCUCAAGUGUCUCGGAUUUACUGCAGGCCCCGUAUGACAACUCAAUGCAAUUUUCUUCGUCGAACAGCUGGAUGACUACCUUCGAAGAAGAUCACUUCUAGUGUUUUUUAAACCGAUUUGAAGCAAUUAUCUAGAAAUACGUUUUAUGUAUACUUUUACACCGAGUCCUCUGCUUCGUGCAUUGCGCAUGAGUUUACUGUUCAAAUUUAAUAUUUUAUCUGAUAUGUAAUUUUUUGUAGUUUUUGUACUUGUAUUUUUUUUAUAUCAUUAAUUUUUAUGAAUUUUUUAAGUUACUGAUCUCCUCAAGGGACCAUGAAAUCUCGUUAAUUUUGACACAUUCAUUUUAAUUGAGAACAAAAUGUGAAUUUGGUUUGGUGCAUUUUUGUAUUAAAUUGGGUGUAGUUUUAGCAUGAAUUUUUAUUUUUUCAUUCUAAGUACAUAUUUUAUUUUUCUGUUUGCAUUCAUAGUACAUAUUUAUAAGAUUGUUUUUAUAAAUCGUGCGUUCUCCUUAAUUUUACGUGUUCAUUCAAAAGUACCCAUACUUUUGUAACUCUAAUGCCUUGAAACAUUUUGCUGUGUACGUAUAUUUCUACGUGUUAGUCAUAUUAAAUUUUGUUUAUCAUUUUCAAUCAGUCAUUUUAAAAAUAAAUUACGUCUAAAUGUUUUCAUUAUAACUAUGCA